AUGCGCCAGCGCUGCCCCUCAGGGCGGCGGGCUGGGGGGGGCAAGGCAGGGGUCGCCAUCUCGGCGAGCGCGAUGGCGUGUGCCGCGGCGGCCAAGGGCGGCGGGGGUUCCUUCUCCGACCGGCAUGCCCGCCUCCUGCUGGCCCAGAUCAACCGGCUGCGGGCCGGGCAGAGCUUCUGCGACGUGCGGCUGGAGGUGGGCCCGGAGGCGUUCGCCGUGCACCGCCUGGUGCUGGCGGCCAGCAGCCCCUAUUUCGCGGCGCUGUUCGCCGGCGGCAUGAAGGAGUCCGGCCGGGAUGUGGUGCGGAUCGCGGGCGUCGAGGCGGGCACCUUCCACACGCUCCUCGACUUCAUCUACACAGGGGUGGUGAGCAUCGGGGAGCACAACGUUCAGGAGCUGAUCGUCGCUGCCGACAUGCUGCAGCUCACCGAGGUGGUGGAGCUCUGCUGCGAGUUCCUGAAGGGGCAGAUCGACCCACUGAACUGCAUCGGCCUCUUCCAGUUCUCCGAGCAGAUCGCCUGUCACGACUUGAUGGAGUUCACCGAGAGCUACAUCCACGCACACUUCCUGGAGGUGCAGAGCGGGGAGGAGUUCCUGGCGCUGACAAAAGAGCAGCUGAUUAAGAUCUUGCGGAGUGAGGACCUGAGCAUCGAGGACGAGUACCAGGUUUUCAUAGCAGCAAUGCAAUGGAUUUUGAAGGACGUAGGGAAAAGAAAGAAAUAUGUCGUAGAAGUACUGGAGCCUGUUCGAUUCCCUCUGCUACCGGCACAAAAGCUACUAAAAUACAUAGAAAGUAUUCCAGAUUUCAGCCUUCGGGUGGCCCUGCAAACUCUGUUGAAAGAAUAUUGUGAAGUCUGUAAAUCUCCCAAAGAGAACAAGGUCAGCAGUUUUCUGCAAGCUUCUAAAGGUCGUCCCCGGAGGAAAGCCAGGAAGUACCUUUAUGCAGUAGGUGGUUACAACCGACUCCAAGGAGGACGCUGGAGUGACAGUAGAGCCCUCAGCUGUGUGGAGCGAUUUGACACCUUCAGCCACUACUGGACCACGGUGUCCUCUCUCCACCAGGCCCGGAGUGGGCUGGGUGUGGCUGUGGUGGGAGGAAUGGUCUAUGCCAUUGGAGGUGAGGACAGUGCGAUGAUUUUUGACUGUACUGAAUGUUAUGAUCCUGUUACUAAGCAGUGGACCACUGUGGCUUCCAUGAACCAUCCCCGUUCUGGACUGGGAGUGUGUACAUGCUAUGGUGCUAUCUAUGCUUUGGGAGGUUGGGUUGGAGCAGAGAUUGGCAACACAAUUGAAAGAUUUGAUCCUGAAGAAAAUAGUUGGGAUGUUGUGGGAAACAUGGCUAUGCCCCGUUACAACUUCGGGUGUUGUGAAAUGCAAGGUUUGAUUUAUGUUGUUGGUGGUAUCAGCAGUGAAGGAGUAGAGCUACGUUCUGUUGAAGUCUAUGACCCAAUAUCUAAACGUUGGUCUGAGCUCCCUCCAAUGGGCACCCGAAGAGCAUAUCUUGGUGUGGCAGCUCUCAACGAUUGUAUCUAUGCUGUGGGAGGCUGGAAUGAAUCUCAGGAUGCACUUGCUACUGUAGAAAGAUACUCCUUUGAAGAGGAAAAGUGGGUUGAAGUUGCAUCGAUGAAGAUACCAAGAGCUGGUGUCUGUGUUGUGGCUGUGAAUGGAUUUCUUUAUGCCUUGGGAGGCCGUGCUCCCAGCCAUGAUUUUGCUGCUCCGGUAACCUCUGACUCUGUUGAAGUUUAUAACCCUCAUAUGGACAGUUGGACUGAAAUUGCCAACAUGAUCACCAGCCGCUGCGAAGGAGGUGUAGCUAUGCUGUAAAACACAAACAAGAAAACUCAUUCAAGGAAUGAGUAAAUGUGUCUCCUAAGAUUUCCGGUUCUGUUGGCCAGAAACCUCUUCUAACACAGGAGCUUCAGUAGAGGCAGUGGAGAAUUAGAUCAGAGGGCUUUUCCUGGGAAAAAGGAACUACUAAAACUCUCGCCCUUCAAAGUAAAUUGGCUUAUCCAGUGUCUGUCUCAGGAAGUAUUCUGUUAAGAGUAGGAAUGCCUCAUGGCUGGAUUAAGCUCACUGAAAUAAAUGGCGAAUUUGCCCUGCAAAAAUCUGAAGAAAUCAUUCCAGCACAUUAGAGAUAUUAAUCAGGUUGUUAACUCACAAAGGUGCACCAAGGCUAGCAUCUUUAGCUGGCCUUACAAUCUGGAAGGAGGCUGCUAUAGACAGCUAGCUAGGAGUUACCUGUAGGUAAGAGCAGAUGGGAUACUCGGUUAGCGUGAGUUGUUCUUUUCUGGUGGAAGAGAAGAUAACAGAGGGGGAACACUUGGUACCUCUGCUUAUGACCUUGAUGCAUUUGAGGCUCUUUUCUGUGGCUGGACAUGACGGGCAUUAAAUAUGAAUUGGAUAUGUACUUUCUGGCCACCCCACUACCUUGGAUGGUAAGUGGCUGAGGAUCUCCUGUUCUGGAAGGUUAUUCUCACAGUUCUAAUAAUGUCAUUCCAUUCAGCACAUGCUUUUCUUCUCAGUGGCAUCAGUGAUGACAGUAGAGCUCCUUUUUGUGUAAGCUCUGAUGAAUUUUAAACAGAAAUGCUAUUAAUUGGAUUAGCUGUUCAGGACUGCUUUUAGUCUAAAAAUGUAGGGAAAGCCUUUUGCCCUUUUGUUUUUUUUCCUUAGUUAAAUAUGUUUUUACCCUGUGUGACACAUGCUGAGACUUGACAUUGGAAUACAUGCUCCUCUACAAGGUACACACGUUCAUCCUUGCUAUAUCUCAUAUUCUGCCUCUUACAAAUUUGAGCAGACGGAGCGUUUUGUGAUAGAAUUAGCUGCAUUCAGCAUUAAAGUGAUGCUAUUAGUGUGUUUUGUCAUAAGGGGUUUGAAUUUAGCUUGGAUACCCUUAGUAGAACAGUACUACUAGGAGUUUGGAGUUAUUUCUAGAUCCAUUUAAUUAACAUACUUGAAGUUGCUUUUUGCACAGUGUGAUUGCCUUUUCUGCAUAGCUGUGGAUAAUUUGGAUGGAGUCUGAAAUAAGGCUGCUUGAACUUUGAUAGACAGUGUUAUUCUAGAACACAAAACCACAACUGGAAUGUCACAAAACAGGAAGCCUGCUCUGUGUAGACAAGGAAGCAUUCAUACUGUCUAGGUCAAUAUUCCUGGUGUAAAAUUAACAAAUUAAUACAUGAAUAAAAGCCUCCAAGGUGAAUGUUGCAGGUACCUUAAGAAUCUAGGUCUUACUUUGUAACACAGAGCUGGGAGAUUGCCAGGCUAAAACGUGCUAGGUGGAGCAUUUAUUUCUCUGAUCCUAUAAUCCUGUGUGUGCUUGUACUUCAAAAAGACUUCUUAUGCGUGUAAACUAAUGUGUACUGUCUUUUUCUUUUUUCCAAGAUGAAGCUUGUUUUAAACAGUUUUUCGUAAUAAAAUGCAUUUUCAGAA